CUUCAGAUGAAGAAUGGACCUGAUCAACUCAGGUUGAAACUAUUUGUUACUGUCUGUCUGAUGUAAGAUUGGGUGGGAUUGUCAUUCAGCAGCUACCCCGCUAGAAUUCACCUGGUUAACCAGUUGCCAGUUGACCAGGGGUCUGGCCUGUAAGUGAUCCACAUGGAUAUCCACAUAUCCACUCAGUUCCGGCCUGUCAGACCCAUCUUCCAUUCACCGUCGAUCCAGACAAACAAAGAAACACUGCCCGCAUUCCACUAUUUAAUUGUGUAACACAACAGCUUUACCCCGCCGAGGGGUAAGUAAGCCUUUCCUUCUCGCUAUCACAACCACCACCACCACCACCACCAAACAACGCCUUUAUAAUAGCGUUCUUCUCUUCCCCUUCUCAGCCUUCCCUCCUCACUUCCUCCCACAACACAUCCCUUCCAAUCUCGAUCACAGUCAAAAUGACAGACCUCAAAAACACCCUCGAUCCUCUCCUCCUCAAACAUGCCAGCAUAGGAUACAUCGGGCGCGACUCCGCCUCCUUCUCGGACACCACCCGCGUGUGGAACGUGGGCCGCAGCAAGACUUGCACCCCGCUCGCCGUCCUCCAACCCCAAUCCGCCCAAGAUGUCGCCGCCCUCGUUCGGUUCCUCCACGACCAGGGCCUCCCCUUCAGCGUCCGCACCGGCGGCCACAACAUCGAAGGAAAAGCUAUUCAGCACGAUGCCCUCCUCAUCGAUCUCCGCGCCCUCAACUCCGUGCAUAUCGCCCCCGACCGCAAGUCUGCCACUGUCGGCGGCGGCAUCCUGCAGGGGAAGCUCGGGGAGACACUCUGGAAAGAAGGGCUGAUCACCCCCACGGGCUCGAUCCCGGAUGUCGGAUACGUGGGCUGGAGUGCCUACGGCGGCUACGGGCUGUUUGCGCCGCGCUGGGGGCUGGGAGUGGAUCAGAUAUUGGGAGCCAAGGUGGUCAAGGCGGAUGGGACGGUCGUGGAUACAGAUGAGGAUCCGGAGUUGUUGAAGGGGAUCAAGGGAGCGGGUGGCGUAUUUGGGAUUAUUGUUGAGGUUCGCGUCAAGGUUUAUGAGGCUAAGCAGCUUCUCUCCGGCGUCAUCAUGUUCGAAUCCUCGGAUAUUAAAAAGACUUUUGUCGAAUUCAACGCUGCGUUCCAGGCCCUCCAGAACGAAGGCAUUCCCGACGCUCUGGCCGUCCAGCAAAUCGCCAUCAAUGCGCCCCCGGGCCGCCUGUUUGGGACCAUCUUCGUCUGGACCGGCGACGACCUCGACGAGGGCAAGCGCUGGGCCGACCGCAUCGCCGCGCUGGGCAUCGCCAUCAUGAACACCGUCGCCCCCACCGCCAUCCCCGACUGGUUCCAGGGCAACGGCGCUAUGGUCCCUACCAGCGUGUACGGGUCCAGCCGCACCGCCAACGUGCGCCAAAUCACCCCCGAGCUGGCCGAGACCAUUGGCGCCAGCCUUGAAAAGAUGCCCGCCGACCCGGCCACCAUGCUCUCCGUGCAUCAGCUGCGCGGCCCGUCCGCUGCCGCCACCAGCAACUCCGUCUUUGCUGCGCGCGAGCCGCACCUCAUGCUGGAGAUGCUUGGAUGUGUGACGGCGGAGACCAUGCAGGAGGAUGCCGAGAAGUGGGCCUCCGAGAUGCUGGCCAGCGUGCACGGCACCGAGGCGCAGAACCUGCUCCCCGGCGCCUAUGCUUCGCUACACUGUGAGGGGCCUCAGACGCUCUGUGCCGAGGACCGGGUCAAGAAGUUGUUUGGGCAAUUUGCCGACGAGGUGGUCGCGCUGAAGGAGAAGCAUGAUCCUAAGAACUUGUUUGCUCACGCGGUUCCCAAGUUGAAGUAGGGGGCAAGCAGUGUUUACGCAUGAUGAAUUUGUAUUAUGAUAGCACGCAUGGAUCGUUAACAGUUUGAUGAACAUCUUCAUUUCAAUUACUUGCAUUGAUUCUCCUAUGCCUAUAACGUCUGUCAGGACCCGUAGCUUAGGAUACCGCCCGGCCUGCCCGUCCACAUUCUGCUUUGGUAUGCUCUCUGCUCUUUUCUAUUCAAUUGAUACUAAUGUAUCAAGUCAAAUCAAUACUACUCAUAU